GGUCCCUGAACGCCGCGCGAGCCUCCUUCUGCGGUGACACUGAUGCUUCCUCCUCAUCGUACUUUUCCACCGCCGUGACAUUUAUUAACAUCAUUUCCACCACCGCUAUGUUACUUUUUUACCUCUGUCCCAUGCCGCGUCACUCGUGAACGUUUCCCCCACGCGUGGUUGUUGUCUCGCAUCGAGCCCGGCCUGUCAGCUAGCGGGCUAGCUUGAGAAAGAUCCGCCAGGAUGAGCAGUGCGACGCACGUCGUGCAGGUGACUAAUGUCUCGCCCAGCACCACCUCCGAGCAGAUGAGGACUCUGUUCGGCUUCUUGGGGAACAUAGAAGAGCUCAAACUCUUUCCACCCGAUGACUCUCCCUUGCCUGUGACCUCACGUGUCUGUUUUGUAAAGUUCCUUGAGUCCGAGUCUGUGGGGGUUUCUCAGCACCUGACCAACACCGUCUUCGUGGACCGGGCCCUGAUCGUGGUGCCGUUCGCAGAAGGAGUCAUUCCUGAUGAAUCCAAAGCUAUGUCGCUGCUGGCUCCUGCUAAUGCUGUGGCGGGAAUGAUGCCUGGAGCUGGCCUUCUUCCAACACCCAAUCCUCUGAUGGGAGGAGGAGCAUUUGGAGGCCCCAGCCUGGAGCAGUUAGCUGCCAUGGGGCUGUCAGGAGCCAACAUGACCUCCCAGGCCAUUUCUGCUGACCUGCUGAAGUUCAUGCAGUCCAUGGAUCCAAAGUUGAAUCCUCUAGCAGCAGGACUGGGCUUCAGUCCUGGCCUGAAGAGCAGCGACUCCAACAAGGAAAUGGAAGAAGCCAUGAAGCGAGUCCGAGAAGCUCAGUCGCUCAUUUCUGCUGCCAUCCAGCCAGGAUCUAAGAAAGACGACAGACGCAAACGUUCUCCGUCUGGCUCGCGGUCACGCCGCCGACGCUCCAGGUCUCGCUCACGACAUCGCAAGCGAUCCAAGAGCCGCUCAAGGCGAAGGUCCCACUCCAGGAACAGGAGAAGGUCCAAGAGCCCACGCAGGAGAGCGUCUCGCUCCCGAGACACAGGCCGCCGCAGUCGCUCCAGGGACAGAAAGAAGGAGGACAAGUCCAAGAAGAGGUCAAAGACACCACCCAAGAGUUACAGCAGUGCAAGAAGAUCUCGCAGCAUCAACCGUCGGCACAAAAGAAGUACAUCAAGGUCACCUAAGAGGCGCCUAAGUCCAUCUUCAUCACCCAAAAGGCACAAGAAGGACAAAAAGGAGAAGAAAGGUGAAAAAGAGAGAAAAGAGUUGCGAGAGCAAAGCCGAGACAAAGCGGAGCGUUGGAGCAGCAAGAAGAAAAGCCGAGAGCAAGAUGGCGAGCGCAGGUCUGACAGCGAGAAAGAAGACGUGAAGGUGACUCGAGACUACGACGAAGAGGAGCAGGAGUACAACAGCGCAAAAGAAGGCGACUUUGAGGAAGAGCCCGGAAGCGACUCGGACUCCCACUCCUCACCCAAAGGCGGCGAGGAGGCGGAGACGGCGCAAGACCACGCCCCCAAAAAGUCCAAAGUCAACGGGGACGAGCACUACCAGGAAGACAUGGACAUGAGCGACUAGAACUUUUUUAUACCACUUUUAACGUUAACUCUGCAAGAUGGAGGCCAAGACUUUUGUAUGGGUGAGUGUUGAACAUCUUUACUUUCCCUCAUCAAUACUCACAUAUUUACACCUCAAUAAAAACUACCGUGCCACCCUCAUGUCA